AUCGCACCCAGCCCCGCGCCGCCGCCGCCGCCGCCGUCUCGGUAACUGCACCGCCCGCAAACAUGGCUCAGUGACUCGGACAAAAGCUGCAGUCUCCCUCCCGGCGGGGCGGACGCCAGGCCUCCUUGGUCGGGCCGCACCUCCCGGCGGGCCCGCCAAAGAGCACCGCGCCCCGUAAGCACCCGAGACCCGCGCGGAAGAUGCACCGGGCGUUCCACCCCAGCGAGCCCCGCACCCCAGCCCGCAGCUCGAAACCUCGACCUUGAAGAUGGUGAGUAGCCAGCCAAAGUACGAUCUAAUACGGGAGGUAGGCCGAGGUAGUUACGGUGUUGUGUAUGAAGCAGUCAUCAGAAAGACCUCUGCACGGGUGGCAGUGAAGAAAAUUCGAUGUCACGCACCUGAAAAUGUUGAACUAGCCCUUCGUGAGUUCUGGGCACUAAGCAGUAUCAAGAGCCAACAUCCAAAUGUGAUUCACUUGGAGGAAUGCAUCCUACAAAAGGAUGGGAUGGUGCAAAAGAUGUCCCACGGCUCUAAUUCUUCCCUUUAUUUACAGCUUGUAGAAACUUCAUUAAAAGGAGAAAUUGCCUUUGAUCCCAGAAGCGCCUAUUAUUUGUGGUUUGUGAUGGAUUUUUGUGACGGAGGAGAUAUGAAUGAGUAUCUAUUGUCCAGGAAACCCAAUCGUAAAACUAAUACCAGCUUCAUGCUUCAGCUGAGCAGUGCCCUGGCUUUCUUGCAUAAAAACCAGAUCAUCCACCGAGAUCUUAAGCCUGAUAACAUCCUGAUUUCUCAAACCAGGUUGGAUACCAGUGACUUGGAACCUACACUCAAAGUGGCUGAUUUUGGUCUAAGUAAAGUUUGUUCAGCCUCUGGGCAGAACCCAGAAGAACCUGUCAGUGUAAACAAGUGUUUCCUUUCCACAGCAUGUGGAACAGAUUUUUACAUGGCUCCUGAAGUUUGGGAAGGACAUUACACAGCAAAAGCUGACAUCUUUGCUCUGGGGAUUAUCAUCUGGGCAAUGCUGGAAAGGAUCACAUUCAUAGACACAGAGACAAAGAAGGAACUCUUGGGGAGUUACGUAAAACAAGGAACUGAGAUUGUGCCUGUUGGGGAGGCACUUCUGGAAAAUCCCAAAAUGGAACUUCUCAUUCCUGUGAAGAAAAAAUCUAUGAAUGGGCGAAUGAAACAACUGAUUAAGGAAAUGCUGGCUGCAAACCCUCAGGAUCGCCCAGAUGCUUUUGAACUAGAACUCAGAUUAGUACAAAUUGCAUUUAAAGAUAGCAGCUGGGAAACGUGACACAUAUUAUUUGCAAAUACCAUGGAUGAUAUGCUGCUUCUGUUUAACAGUGAUGCAACAUUAUGUGGCUGAAAAAGAAUAUAAAAAGCUAGACUCCACCCUCUAAGGGUUUAGAUUUUUUGUGGGAUUUUUUUUUCCUCAUUUUUCUUAAAUCCAAGUUGGCCGUUUUAUUAUAUUAGUAUGUUUCAAAUGUGUAUUACCAAUGUGGGUGUAAAUUUUUAAAAAAUGAUUAUUGAUAGAAGUUUGGCAGGAAAAUUCUCUAAAAGCUAAGAAGAGAAGAGCGUCCAGUUUUCUGGAAAUAUGUCUCUAAGUAUUUUAGACAUUCCUUGUCAGUAUUAGGAAUUUCCAUGGGAAAAGAGGUUUGCAUGCUGGUAAUGCAACCUUUGAAACUUUGUAAAGGAAACAUAUAUGUAUAUAUUUAUGUACAUGUAAGUAUGUGAAUGUACACAUUUUGCAUUCCAUAUGAAAAAAAUGCCACAUCUGUUUAAAUUAUUUGAUGUAGGUUUGGGUUUUUGAGAUUUGCUGGUGAAAUCAGUGAUGAAAAAUAAACAAACCUUCCCUUAUCUUCCUACUCUGCCCCUUCCCCUAAUGAAAUCAUAUUAGGGUUUUUUUAUUUUUGUAAUAUACAGCUUUUUUUUUUAAAGGCAUCAUUUUGGAGGGUCUAAAAUUAUCUGGUAAAACAUAAAUGAAAUUAAGUGAUCCAAAGCUGCUGAAGUAUGUUUGAACUCUCCAGUGCCCUGUAGCUGCAAGAGUUGAAUUAGUCACGCAGUCAUAUGGUAGCGGGUUGGUGAUUCAGUCCUACCUUCUUUAGGUAACCGAGCAUUUAUUUAACCAACUAAACCACUGCAUUGGGCCGUCUGCACUUGAGCUUCUACAAUCUGAUAUAAAUCUGAAUACAGGAUUCUGUUUCUGAAAACUUUGCUAUGUAUGAACUGUAAUACUUGAUAUAUUUUUGGUUUGAAGACUUUGUCUAAGCCUCAUUAUACUGAAGUUGAAGAAACCAAAUGAGCUCUACCCUCACUUUGCCUGCCCUGAUAUGGUCACUUGUUGAGUCACUGGAGUUCCUUUCAUUUUGGCACUGAUGCUGUUUUCUCUUGUCUGAUUUGAGACAGUAAUGAUAGUAAUAUGGUUGUUGAAAAUAUUGAUCACCUUUAUCUAAUAUAGGAGAAGAUACGUAUACAGUAUGGCAAAUGGAUAAAAUAUUGUGGCAACCACUACUUUUAAAGUAGAAAAACUAUCCAUUUUAUACAAUCACUGAUAUAGUCUAUGUCAAAAAACCAACAGACCAUUACUCCUCUUGAAGUUAGUUUGAUUUUAACUUUGUAUGAUUGUCUACGAUUUGUUUUCCUGUAAAUGCAGAUAGUUAAAAUCUAAAGGAUAGAAUGCUUCCCUAAAACAGAACAUUAGCCUUUAAGGUUAAAUAGACUUUACAUUGUAUCUAAGUUAAUCUUUAUAAAGCACUAGAAUUUUUGGUCAAAAGUCGAACAAAAUAGUAUUAGAAUAUUGAAAUUAUUAUUUUUUUUUUUAUGAGACGGAGUCUCACUCUGUCGCCCAGGCUGCAGUGCAGUGGCACGAUCUCGGCUCACUGCAAGCUCCGCCUCCCAGGU